AUGAAUUCACUAGUUGUUCUUUAUAGAAUACUUCGUAAAUUUUAUAAAGGGUUAAAGCGUAUAGAAAAGUUCUAUGGUAAAACCGUUUAUCAUGGAUUAGCAUUCCUUGGUGUACAUAUAUUUCCUGUUGUUGGAGGGAUAGCUAGUUUUUAUACUCAAUAUUUUCUUUGUAGAGACCAUAAUGAGUCAUGUUUUGCAAAUCAAAAGUCUUAUAUAAUAGGUUCAUCCUUUUUAAUUGCAAUUUCAAUUUUAUUUCAAUUAUUAUAUACAUUAUAUGUGUACUUAAUAUGGAAGAAAGGAAUAUGGCCUCUAGUAUAUGAAUUUAAAUAUUCUAGGCAUGAUGAGAUUAAAGCAUGUCUAUGUUGGAUCGUUUUGGCAUUAUCAACAUGGAACACUAUUAGAUGCCAUAAAAAUUUUGGUAAAUUUAUGGAAUUCUACAUACAAUAUGAACCACCUCCUCCGGAAUUUGAAUCCGGCAGAAAAUUAGUAAUAAGAGAAUCAAGUAGUAUGGCACCUCCUCCGGAAUUUAAAUUUGACAGAAAAUUAGUAAAAAGAGAAUCAAGUAGUAUGGCAAAGCAUUCACACAUCGUCUAA